GUUUUAAGGUAUCGAUAGAUUGCUAACAAUAAUUAUUGAUUUUUCGUAAAGUUCAGAUUGGAAAAAAGAAAAAUGGGAGCCGCUUUCUUUCCCGUGCUGUUCUUCACCGCCUUGUGGGGCGGCGUGGGCAUUGCCAUGCCCAUAAUGACCCCGAAGGGACCUCAUCAGAACCUGAUUCGCUGCAUCCUGAUGCUGGCCGCCGCUUGCUGUUGGCUCUUCUGGCUGUGCUGCUACAUGGCCCAAAUGAAUCCCCUGAUUGGGCCCAAGCUGAAGAGGGACGUGGUGGCCAUGAUUGGCAAGUCCUGGAACAACCCCAUUGUGGCUGGUUAGAAGUUUGUUGGGAGCAUAUAGUGCCAGCUUUAUGAUGUAUCCCAGCUUAAUCACCACUUAUCUGUUUAUAUUGCGUUGUAAAUAAAAACUGAAAAUAUCCAAUGUUCUAUUAA